AUGCAGAGGAAGAGGCCAAUGCUCCUCCGGCGGGCCUGGGACAUGGUCGCCGUCUCCGCCGUCAUCCCCCUGGAAGAGGUGGUGAGGCGGCGCAUAGCCGUCUGCGGCGGCGGCGGGCGGUCGGUGCUCUUCAAGCGCCACCGGCGGCUCAGCCUCUCCCGCCGCUACGACCUUCGCUUCUCCGGCGAGCGCCAAUUCUCCCCCGACAGCACCCCGCUCUUCCCUCAAAGCGCCCGCCGGGGUCGUCUCCUACGCCUGCUCCUUUGCGGCGGCACCGCCGCCGCUGACGACGACGACGACGGCGGCGGCGAUGCAUCGGUGGACCAGCGGGCAGAGAGCUUCAUCCAGUGGUUCUAUGAGGAGAUGAGGACCCAGACGCAGCAGGAAAACUGCGCCCUGCUCCUCUAG